AUGUCUACCCCAGGUACCAACACCACGGCACCGGAUGCCAGCACACCGCCUAACCAGCCCCCCAUCGAACCGCCUCCCGCUCCAGUCACCACACCGUCACCGAUGCCGAACCCCGUCGCAUCGACACUCACUCCCUCGCAGUCGAACAAGCUAUUCGAUCAUCGCGCCGGGCUCGUCUCGUCGAUUUUCUCCUCGAGUACCUCAGCUCUUGCCACCAUCCGUGCGCGCGAGACUGAGGCACUGACCGUGCUCUUGACUAGACACGACACCGCGCAAAAGGUUAUGAGCCCUGCGCUCUCAGCUUAA